CUCUCCAUUACUUAUUGGCCUUUUGAGACAAAACUUGUCUCUACACCCUCUCUCCUCUCUAUACUUCGUCCAAGCCAACCCAAGGAGGAAGAAACCACUGCAAAACUUCAUUCUCCAUAGCCAUAACCGAGAUCAAGGUUGGAGGAGGUCCAAGGAAGAAGAAAGAGUGAGAAAAGAAGAGAAAAACCUUGUUUAAUUGAGGAAUUUUACCAAGGUAUUCUAGACUUCUCAAGGAACCUAGGAGUGGCCGGAAAGUCGCCGGAGCCGCCGGAGUUUUGCCGGAAAAUUCCAAAAGUCACCGGAGUUCAAACAAAGAAGAUAAAAGCUUGCUAGCGUCAUUUCAAGGUUGAAGCUAGAGCUUACUUCCUGCACCCGUUGCUCGGGAGAUCGAUGGAGAGAAGACGUGGAAUGGGUGGUAGUGAUAGGGCGGUUCGAGGAAAUCCGAGAGGGCGCGCACCGGGGAUAGCCGGGCAAGCCAAUCGGGGGAUAUCAAUGUCGUGUAAGAGGCGAAGUAUGGGCAAUCAAGGCCCACGAACACGAGCCGCGAUGGCUGAUCACAAUGUGACUGAAUUCGAGUCAUGGGACUCGGAGGAUGACUCAACUUAUCACCCUGAAAGCGAGUCAGAUGAAACUUCUUUUGAAGAAAACAGUGGGGAGGAUAUACAUAGUAUUCCUCCUGACCAGGUUAGUGAAAUGUACCGAUGGUACCAACGUGAAAGGGGAAGACAACGACAGGGAUCUCAGGAGGGACAUGUCAGAGGCGAGACUUCUCUCAGGAGGGGUCGGGGUGCUCACAGAGCACAAGUUAGGACAGUCAGGGAUUCUGAUGGUGAAGGACCACUCUUUAAAAUCUCAAAGUAUCUCAAAGAGGCUAGAGCCUUGGGGUGCAAACCAUUUGAUGGGACGGAGGACAUAUCGGAAGCAGCCGAGUGGAUAAAAAGGUUGAAUGAUGCAGCUGAUGACAUGCAGGUGGUCCCUGAACGAAAGUUAAGGGUAGCCACUAGAUUAUUGGAGGGUUUAGCUUCUACUUGGUGGGAAGGCACCAAGGGUAAGUUUGACGGGGUUGUCACGUGGGACAACUUCGAGCAAGCAUUCUAUGAGCAGUUUUACACCUCUUUCGAAGUAAAUCGAAAGAGGAGGGAAUAUAUCGAUCUCAAACAGGGAAAUGAGUUUACGGUGAAGCAACUGGAACAAAGAUUCCGACAUCUGGCAAGGUUCUUGCCUGAAUAUGCCGCAAAUGAGAAUCGAAUGGCAAACCAUUUUUGGAAUGCACUCAAUUUGGAAAUACGCGAAAGGGCGACCUACCAAUUCAACAUGACUUUCAGUCAGGUAGUAGCUCAGGGUCUCCAGGGGGAGGAGCUUUGGAAGGAAAGGCAAGCAAGGGAUGCAAAGGAAGCAGAAGAAAGAGCCCAGGUGAUCAUUCACCCUCCACGACGAGAGGGGAAGUAUGAACUUCAGAGCAAGGGGAACUCUAACAAGUUAGUUCCGUUUUUCAGUAAGAGCCAGGACUUGGUAAGUCAAAGCUCAAGCACUCGGGGCAUGGGGGCACCCAAAUGUGAGAAUUGUAGGCGAAGGCACUAUGGAAGAUGUCGAGAGCCAUCUAGAUGUUACUUUUGUGGAGAAACAGGCCACAUCAAGGUCCUUUGUCCUCAACGUGCGCGUGAAGGAACAUCAGGAGCUAGAGGAGGGGUCACGGGGGUUGAAAACCCAACUAGGGUUGCCUCAAACAUGGUACCUUCUACAAGUCAAUGGCGAACUCGCUCGUGAAGGCCGGGAAUGGCGGAAGCCAUUUGUUAGGCCCGACUUUGGCACAAGGUAUUAUUAAAUUAAACCUUAAUUUCCAUAAAUAUUUUUAUUUUCAAAAUUGUUAGCUUCAGAUAAUGAAGGGAGAAAUGUUUCUCAAGGUUCAAGCGUUAAUUUCGGGGACGAAAUUCCUGUAAGGGGGGGUGAACUUGUAACACCGGACCCGAAUUUUACCCAGAUAAAUUUUUUUUUUCCGUAAAGUACAUGGUUAAAGAAGGUAAAUCGAGACUAAGAGUAGUCUCGAUAAAUGAGAAAGUAAAAUUUUGUCCUAAAUUAAUAAAGGGUUAUUAAUUUAGACGUGGGACCACACGUGAUAUUUCAAGUUUAUAAAAUAUUACUAUUUUCCAAAACGAUACUAUUAUGAUAGUAGUAGGAAUGGGUCGUGGACCCCAUCGUUAUAAAGAGCGACAACUGGACGGCCGAGCGGGCCAGGGCCACUAUUCGAUAGUGGGGUGUCCUUAAUUAUCGGUCUGUCAAUAAUUCGUAGGAUUACGAAUUUAUAACAGAAGAAAUAUGAACAUUCUAAGAAACCAAAAUAAUGGGAUGAAUAAUAUUGAUUAACUUGGUAUAUUAAAGGAGGGUACUUUUGGAGGACCCUACCUUAAAGAUAUUUUAUUUUGGGAACAAACAGAUAAGAUUCUAUCUGUUUUUACAUUUGGGAUCACUUAAAAAGAGGUGUAACAUUUUAUUAAAGUGUCACCAAAUAUGAAACCACAUAUCAAGUAAUGAGAAAUGACGAGUGAAUUUUCGAGGCAACGCGUUCUCAUUUUUACCGUUACUUGAACAGUAAAAUACACGUUGGGCCCACACGUGGGCGGCGACCAUCCGAUAAUGACGGACCACAUAUUAUAUUCAUCUUGGUUUAGAUAAUAUUUAUAUGAUGGUGUAAAUUAAUGUUGAGCCAUAAAGUUGGUCUUUCGAUCAAACGAGGUCCCAUUACCGGUAUAAGUAAUUAAACAGAUAACAGCCCGAAAUUAAUUUCGGCGACCACGAAAUUAAAGUGGGAUAAUAUAUAUUCAUUCUAGGGGCCAAUAUUAAUUGGAAGAAUGAUAUAUAGUUUAUUUGACCCGAUAAAAUGAAAUUUAAUUAAAACAGUCCAGAAAAUACAACUUUCGGGAUCAAGUGUACACUCCAGGACAUAUUGGGAUGACCUCCCACAUGGGUGGGGGCCACCCCACGAUUUUUGGUCUAAUAAUAAGUGUUGUGAGCCUGAUCAUGUGGUGUAUGAUGGAUGAAGAGAUGGGUUAGACAAUUUUGAAAGGUAUGGGGACCCUCUCCAUUACUUAUUGGCCUUUUGAGACAAAACUUGUCUCUACACCCUCUCUCCUCUCUAUACUUCGUCCAAGCCAACCCAAGGAGGAAGAAACCACUGCAAAACUUCAUUCUCCAUAGCCAUAACCGAGAUCAAGGUUGGAGGAGGUCCAAGGAAGAAGAAAGAGUGAGAAAAGAAGAGAAAAACCUUGUUUAAUUGAGGAAUUUUACCAAGGUAUUCUAGACUUCUCAAGGAACCUAGGAGUGGCCGGAAAGUCGCCGGAGCCGCCGGAGUUUUGCCGGAAAAUUCCAAAAGUCACCGGAGUUCAAACAAAGAAGAUAAAAGCUUGCUAGCGUCAUUUCAAGGUUGAAGCUAGAGCUUACUUCCUGCACCCGUUGCUCGGGAGAUCGAUGGAGAGAAGACGUGGUUCGUGCUUCCUCUCGUUCCAUUUUUAAAUAAUUAAAUAAUGCUCAUGGAACUAUUUUGACUUAUAAAUUAAUGGAGCCUGCGAGCUCUUGUUUUACCCUUGUGUGGGUUCUUAUUAAAACACUUAUAUUCCGCUAUGUGUUUGAUUGUAUGUUGAUGUUGUUAUGUAUGUUUACUAAUCGGUUUUGGCAUAUGUAUCUAUCGGACGUCUUGUGCAAUUCGGUAAGGAUGAACUGCGGUUAUUCUUAUUGGGUUGUACGACGGUUGUCCACGUGGCACAGACGCGGUCUGGGGCGUGACAAUUUAUUUAUUUAUUUCUUCUAUAUUUUUCAUCCCAAAAAUGAAACAAUUAGAUAAACCUUGUUGAAGAAUGAGAAUAGGUCACCGAGAGUGUUGACAGUUCCUGAAUCUAUAUGCCAUCG